AUGUUCCCGCUGGUGCCCGUCUGCACUAUCAACUGCUGCCACAAGUACUUCUCCGACCCCUACGCCAACCUCGAACCGAUCAACCUGCUCUUCUCCAGUGCCUUUUACAAAUCGUUGUUGAUCCCCUCGCACAUGAUGUCUCUGAUCAACUCGUCCUACUCGUUCAAACAGAUGUUCAAGUUCCGCAACCAACUCUACUCGUACUACGCACCCCUGCUCAGCACAUCCCUCCAGCUGUUCCGCAAGACGGCCGCCGUGGACUCGGCCCUCUGGCAGCCAAUAAGCGACCCGCUGGCUCGUCCCAACCAGAGCCGUGUGGCCAACAACUUCCAGUCGGUGAUCGACAUGAUCGUCCUGCCCAAUCAAUCAGUGGCGAUGCUCAAGGAUCACAAGUUGGAGAACGAGACUACAACAUUGUACACUGUGCGUGUCACGCGCACCGUGCCCACACGCAUCCUCAGGAAGCUGUUGUCACUCAUCUUGGACUACGACAAGAUUCCCUUGUGGGAUGUCACUCUGCGUCACUGCACAGGUAUGGUCAUCAAGAGCCCAGAGGUACACAAUCACGCCAACUGCAAUGGUCCCUGCUCCGCCACCGACGUCAAGCCAAUCAAGAAGGUUGACUUGCUGCACAAACAGAUCAUGGGCAACCUGUACAUGACAUAUGCACGCAUGGUCUACACAAACUCAUCGUCCAACGAUAUCUUCUUGGAGAGCGCAGGCAAUGGCAGCGAGCUCAACAGCGUCGUCAAUGUCAACAACAACACAUUUAGAAACAAUAGUAUCAUCAAGGCCAGUCUGAGCAACAAUGGAAUCGUCAAUGCCAUGCAGAGCUUCCUGAAGAAGACUGAGAAGCAAUCAUUGGCCGUGCCCAUCCAAUGGAACAAUGAGGUGCGCUUUGAUGAGGAGGAUGAGGAAGAUGACAGCGAGGAUCAACGUGCGCCACACAAGAGAGUCAAGAGAAAGACCGCGGUCCAAAGCGAGGCCGCAGGUCCAGUCCUUGCCGAUCCCAUCUACAUUGUCCAGCAUCAGAUCCCAUUCCAUGUCCAAGGCAUGAACAACCAUCUCAUCGAUAGAGAGGUUCAACCAUAUCAUCUCAAUUGCUUUGGAAGUGGAUUCGUCUUUGAGCCAAUCGAACAUGCGCCAGAGGAGGUCAAGCUGACAUACAUACUUCAGGUGAACCGAUCAGAAUGGAUGGAGGAGGAGGCUCAAGAGCUGCUAGACGAUCUGGCAGUCUCAAGGAACCGUUCCAUCUCUGCCCUAAUUUCACAUGCCUACCACCUCAGUCGAGAGGAGAGUAGUGCCAUCGUAUCAUUGUAA